AUGGACUUUGUUUUUCAUAUACUUGCUCUGUUUUUCAAAUGUGGAGUGCAGGGAGAGGGUAUCAGUAUCACAGCGCAGCGAUUCCGGGCUGCCCCGAGACUUACCAAUCCGAGCAGGAGUCUGAAUCAAGGAUCAAGAGAUCAACAUCAGAAGAUCCGGAAGAUCCGACAAGGCGAUAUAAUUGCCAUCCCAGCUAGAGUUGCAGACUGGUUCUACAACGACGGUCAGUCUCCUCUGGUUCUUGUCCAGAUCAUGGACACUAGCAACUUCGCCAACCAGCUCGACCAGAACUUCACGAAAUUCUUCCUGGCAGGGAACCCGCAGAGAGAAUCCAAGGGCAGAGGGGACAGCCUUCGAGGCACCUGUACCGUGGAAUUGAGAAGGGGAGAGGCGGCGGCGCUGGAGGCCAGGAGCAACGGUCCGACAACAUCUUCCAAGCCUUCUACGAGCAGUUCUUGGCCGAGGCGUUCAACAUCGACACUGACCUGGCAAGGAGGAUCAAGAACGAGCAGUUCUCGGGGAAGAAGAUGGAAGAUAGGGUUAGUCUGGGUUUGA